GACUCGGCUACCCUUAGCUGGGUGAAGCGGCUCCGUCUGGCGGCUCCGGGUCGCUUAGCGGCUGAGGAGGCGUCAUCUUUUUCCCCUGCAGGGCCACGGUGACCGGAAGGCGGCAUCCAUAGCUGUCCACGCCGGAGCAUGGGCUAUCCACCAGCCCAACACAGGCCAUCAAAGCCGAAUCCGAACUUGAAUUCUGUGCGGCUGAUUGCGGAGCUGUCCCUACCGAGAUACAAGGAAGGCAGAGCCCAGAAACUUUGCUUUGGGGAUUUCUCCUGCGGAUUAGGCUUUUCUAAAAAGCCUGAGCAUUUUGUUAUAUUCAGAGAGACGAUCAUCGUCCGUCAUGGCUAGCAUCAUUGCACGUGUGGGUAAUAGCCGGUGGCAGAACACACCCUUGCCACCUUGGGCCCAUUCCAUGUUGAGGUCCCUAGGGAGGAGUCUUGGUCCUUUAAGGGUCAAUAUGGCAGAAAGGAACAUGAAGUUGUUCUCGGGGAGGGUGGUGCCAGCCCAAGGGGAAGAAACCUUUGAAAACUGGCUGAUCCAAGUCAAUGGGGCCCUGCCAGAUUGGAAUAUGUCUGAGGAGGAAAAGCUCAAGCGCUUGAUGAAAACCCUUAGGGGCCCCGCGCGGGAGGUCAUGCGUUUGCUACAGGCGGCCAACCCCAACCUAAGUGUGGCAGAUUUCUUGCGCGCCAUGAAAUUGGUGUUUGGGGAUUCUGAAAGCAGUGUCACUGCCCAUGGUAAAUUUUUUAACACUUUGCAGGCACAAGGGGAGAAAACCUCCCUUUAUGUGAUCCGUUUAGAGGUGCAGCUCCAGAAUGCUAUUCGGGCAGGGAUCAUAGCUGAGAAAGAUACAAACCAGACUCGCCUGCACCAGCUCCUUUUAGGUGCUGAGCUGAAUGGGGACCUGCACUUCAGGCUGAAGAAUCUUCUCAGGAUGUAUGCAAAUGAGCAGGAGCAGCUUCCCAAUUCCCUGGAGUUAAUCAAGAUGAUAAGGGAGGAAGAGGAUUGGGAUGACACUUUUAUGAAACGGAAGCGGCCCAAAAGAUCUGAGCUAAUCGUGGAGAGGGCAGCAAGCCCUGUGGCAUUUCAGGGCCCCCAGCCAAUAGCCAUCAGCACUGCUGAUUGCGACGUGAUAGAGGUAGGUGAUACCCUCAGUGACUCAGAUAAGGAUGUGAUCCUGGUGGAGUCUCAGAACCCUCCACUUACAUCCAUAGGUGCCCCUCCCCUCAGAGUCAGGGCCAGACUUCAGGCUCAACUACUGAUCAUCAAUUCCCUAAACAGUUCCCAGGCUCAAUCUCCUUCUACCAGUGGUUGUUCUGCAUAUAAGAAUGAUGGUCCUGGAGAUAUACGUAGAGGCAGGAAGAGAAAAUAUACAGUCCGCUGUUCACACUGUGGUGAGGAGGGCCACUCAAAGGAAACCUGUGACAAUGAGAGCAACAAGGCCCAGGUGUUUGAGAAUGUAAUCAUCACCCUGCAGGAGCUGACACAUACAGAGGAGAAGAAGUCAAAAGAGGUCCCUGGUGAACACAGUGACCUCUCUGAGCCACAGUAAGGAGCUAGACCCUGCCCCAAGUGAACCCUUAACUGUAUUCAGAAACUGGUGAUGGGGAAAACAGGGGAGGGGGUGGGGGAGGCUUCUAUGUGCAUGAAUUAAUCCACAAAGUGACUUUCAUUGGGGAAGAAGAGGUUGUGAAUACCAGCAAAAUGGAGAGACAGCCUGACCUCUGUCCCUGCUCCCCCCUCCAUCUGCCUAAGGAUCUAUUCUGUGUGUGUGUCUAUUUCCUUGAUGACUUUAUUCUUUUUGUGAAAGGGGUAUAAGUCAUUGUUAAACCUUCAAAAAAUGAAGGAAAAUACAAAACUAAAGUAAAAAUUACCUGAAACUCUCCAUCCUUGUAUAACCAUUGUCAGUCCUUGGAUAAAUGUCCUUCUAGAUAUUUCCCUAUUCCUGCGUACCGAGAUAGAUAAUAGAUAAAAGUGAUCAAAUGUAAGUGCUCUUCUAUUCUGUGUAUUUUUUCACCAAACAAUGUAUGU